GCUCGGCUCCCAGCGCGCCCCUCCCGUCUCCCCCGCAAAAAGUUUGUGUCGCGGCUGCGGAGCUGCCAGCGGAGUCGCGCGCCCGGAGCUACGCGGGGCAGAGAAGUCAUGGCUUCUCCGUCCAAAGGCAAUGAGCUGUUUUCGUCCGAUGAGGAGGGCCCGGCCAUGGUGGCAGGGCCCGGCCCCGGGCCGGGGGGCGCCGAGGGGGGCUCCGAGGAGCGCCGCGUCAAGGUCUCCAGCCUGCCCUUCAGCGUGGAGGCGCUCAUGUCCGAUAAGAAGCCGCCCAAGCCGGGGUCUCCGCUGCCGGCCGAGAGCGCGUCGGCUGGGGCCAGCCUGCGGCCGCUGCUGCUGCCGGGACACGGCGCCCGGGAGGCGCACAGUCCCGGGCCUCUGGUCAAGCCCUUCGAGACUGCCUCGGUCAAGUCGGAGAACUCAGAAGACGGGGCGGCGUGGAUGCAGGAAGCCGGCAGAUACUCGCCGCCGCCGAGACAUAUGAGCCCCACCACCUGCACCCUGAGGAAGCACAAGACCAAUCGGAAGCCACGCACACCCUUCACCACGUCCCAGCUCCUAGCUCUGGAGCGCAAGUUCCGCCAGAAACAGUACCUCUCCAUUGCAGAGCGGGCAGAGUUCUCCAGCUCUCUGAACCUCACAGAGACCCAGGUCAAAAUCUGGUUUCAGAACCGAAGGGCCAAGGCGAAAAGACUGCAGGAGGCAGAACUGGAAAAGCUGAAAAUGGCUGCAAAACCUAUGCUGCCCUCUGGCUUCAGUCUCCCCUUCCCCAUCAACUCGCCCCUCCAAGCAGCGUCUAUAUAUGGAACAUCCUACCCUUUCCAUAGACCUGUGCUUCCUAUCCCUCCCGUCGGACUCUAUGCCACGCCAGUCGGAUAUGGCAUGUACCAUCUAUCCUAAGGAGGGCCAGGUUGACAGACUCCACGAUGGAUGUUUGUUUCAAAGGGUUCCCCUUUCUCUCCAAGGAGGCUACACUGACAGUCCUCCUGCUGUGCAAACCUUGCUUGCACCACUUUGAGCUAGAGCAGCCAGGCUGUGGGCCACACGACACAGAUCAAAGUUUGUUUAGGUGGUUGGCACCAAGUCCUGUUUUCUUGGCGUAAUCUUCCAGAUACCCCCUUCUCCUUUUACAAAGAUUGGCUCUGACAGUUUUUAUGUAUAAAUAUAUAUAAUAAAAUAUAAGAUGUUUUUAUACAGCAGACAUAAAAAUGCAAAUUAUUUUGAAAGGCAAAAUUUAUACACAUAUAUACAUUUUUCUAUUGAUCACCUUCUGAAGAGUGACUGUAUGUCCAUUUGUUGUAUUUCCUGAAAGGGGGAGACAAAUUACUUAUGAAAAUUGAUUUUGAUAGGAUGAUUGACUUUUGCUUAUGGAAAACAAAUAUUAGAAUUAGACACAGUGCACAUAGAAAGUAGAUAUGGAGAAAUUCUUCAAGUGAAGGGGCUGUAUAACAUGUUUGCAUUUUACGUACAUCAGAAAAAUCUCAUUAAAUGCUACCAUAUUUGGCCCUAAUUUUCCUCCCUCUCUCUACACAGUUAACUUGUAACCUUUUUUUAAGGUCAAUAAGAGGGAGAUGAAAUAAUCCUAAGAACACUUCCAGUGGGGAGAAAAUAGGAAUACUUCCUAAUCUCUGUCUCAAUAACUACAUUUUAGGCAAUUGGAGAGUGAAAAAUUAAAACACGUCAAGAGGAAUCGAUGAUUUCUGUGAAAUACUAGGUCAGUCCUCUCACAUUGCAAUGGUGAUUUUGGGGGGGUGUAGUAAUUUUCUGCUUAAAAAAUGAGUAUCUUGUAACCAUUUAACUAUAUACUGAAUGUUCCUGAACACUUAAUAGAACCAGGAAGGGGGGAAAAAAUCAUGCUUUCUGUGUGUGUGUGCCUAUUGUAUGUGCUAAACUUAUUAGGAAAGUUUAUAUACUUUUUAACAUGUUGGGGGCAGAGGGUAAAGCCAUGUUUUGACUUGCUAAAAAUGGUGUUGUCAAACAGCCCAUUUAGCUUCCUGGUAUUUUACCUUCCUAUCCAUCUUUCCUCUCUCCCCCACCCCCAAUAUACUUCUAUCCCUUUGAAAGGGUGCCUUGUACAAUUUUAUAUAUUUUAUUGAAGAGUUAUUUCUUAUCUCUUAUUCUGAAUUAAAUUAAACAUUUGUUUUAUUGCAGUAAAA